AAUACCAUUGCAAUGUUUCCCAUGUGACUCCAUUAUUCAGAAUAUAAAUAAAAAUAUAUUUUUUAAAAAUCCAAGAAAGGUAACGAAAAAAUAUACGUUCAUAUUAUUCAAGAAAGUAGUUUAUCUUUUUAGAUUUAUUUUUAUUUUAUUAUAAUUUUUUUUAAUCAAAAGCUCUUAUUAGGUCUUCUUCUUGCACUUUGACCUAUGUUGCUAUGGCAACGGCAGAGCGUCACUCACAGGACUCAACCAUCGUGCUCCCUCACUUCCGGUGCUUAUCUUUUGCCGUAAACAGAAGAUAUUUACGCCAGUGCUCGGUAACAUUUUUGGACCGGAGCGUUACGCCUUCAGUCUCCGGUUCGUUUCUUUAUCAGAAAGUACCGCUCCCGCCUGUGCGAUAAACCUCGUCACCGCAGCAGUGCGUGAGUGGACCGCGCCGAGCGAGAAAGCUGCAGCCAGAGUCGGUGGAGUCAAAAUGGCGUCUGCUUGCCCACUAAACUCCGCUUUAAUCCAUUUGUGAUCACCCCCGAGAGCUGCUCUCAGCGACCCGCGGCUGCCCUCGAGCCCCCCCCCGGUUUGGCAGACGGUUGCAGUUGGAGUUCAGCUCAGCAGCAUGUCGGACUCGGAGGAAGACAGCCAGGACAAGCAGCUGAAAAUCGUCGUGGUUGGAGACGGAGCCUGCGGGAAGACAUCACUCGCCACCAGGUUUGCACAGGAGUCCUUUGGUAAGCAGUACAAACAAACCAUAGGCCUGGAUUUCUUUCUGAAGAGAAUAAGCCUUCCAGGAAAUCAGAACGUGACCCUGCAGGUGUGGGACAUCGGAGGGCAAACAUUAGGAGGGAAAAUGCUGGACAAAUAUGCGUACGGAGCUCAUGGUGUUCUCCUGGUGUAUGACAUUACCAACUACCAGAGUUUUGAAAAUCUGGAGGACUGGUUCAGCAUGGUGAAGAAAGCCAACGAGGAAUCUGAUAUUCAGCCUAUUAUGUUCCUGGUGGGCAACAAAAUCGACCUGGAGCACAUGAGGACGGUGAAGGCUGACAAACACCAGCGCUUCUGCCAAGAAAACGGCCUCUUGAGUCAGUUUGUAUCAGCCAAGACGGGAGAUUCGGUGUACCUUUGUUUCCAGAGAGUGGCUGCUGAGAUUCUUGGUAUAAAGCUGAACAAAGCAGAAAUAGAGCAGUCUCAGCGUGUGGUGAAGGCGGAUAUCGUGAACUACAGUCAAGACACAGUGGCGAGGACAGUCAACCCCCCUCGCAGCUCCAUGUGUGUGAUGCAGUGACCCCUUCCACACAGAAACACACACGUGAACAUGUGCAAACAUUUCCAGCCAGUAUUAGUCUUCAUAGGAUUUCAGGGACGAAAAGGGUUUUGGGGAACGAUCUCUACACUCGUGUUUAA